AUGAUGCCAAUUUUCAAUGGUCUCCCCAAUUGUUCCAUGUGGGAAUACAAGGCAAAAUGUCGCCACCUCGCGGCAGUGGAGUGUUGCCACCCCGGGUUCACCUAUUUUUCAGUACCACGCCUGUGGGAGAGGUUAAAAAUGAGAGAAGAUUUGGGGUUUUUGGACCUCAUCAAUGCUCUUAUAAGCCGCUGCUCUGCCUCCUCAAGGCACCCUGUCCUCCUCAAGGCAAAAGGGACAUACGGACGUGACCUUGUCCGAAGGCUGAAAUUCCCGAAAAGGGAUGAAAUCUUUGUUCUGGGAUUCCUCGCGGAUGCCAAAGCAACGGGACGGCCGCCAGCAGAUUUGUUUGUUUCAAGAUCAGCUCAUUAUCCUUCAAGGUUCGGUCGAUGGGUUAGGCGUCAUCCCAAGCAGGAUAAAGGUCAGGGGUCAAGAUUUCAAGGGGGGAGGGGAGCAGAAGGAGUAGGGGCGCAAAGGGAACAUAUAAGCCCUUCGGUCCUCAAGAUUCGGCAGUCCAGGAGCUCACGAAGACCACGAUGCGGUUCCUCGCCCUCGUCCUCCUCCUGGCUCUCGCCGUCGCCUUCGUCGGCGCCAAGUCCUUGGCCUGCUGUGGCGGCGGAGGUCACCAUGGCGGUCACGGAGGAGGCAACGGAGGUCACCAUGGAGGUCAUGGCGGUGGAGGCUUCGGCGGAGGCUUCGGAGGCGGUGGAGGACUGGGAGGCGGAGGAGGCUUUGGCGGAGGCUUCGGAGGCUGAAACUUCAGAGGAAACAGUGACGAGGAACACGUGACCAACAUGUCGUGCUUGCAGUGGUUUUCCUGAAUUUUCCCUCUAAUGGUCUUUCC